AUGUCGGGUGGCCCUGGACCGCCCCCGGGUGGUCGUAGUACCACGCCGGGCGGUUGGUCACCUCUACAUUUCCGCCCCAAUACGCCCUACGCUCCAUCGCCGCCUCCGCGAAUGGGCAGCCCGGCUGCCGCAAUGUUCGGCAAUCGGCUGCCGUACGGGAUGCCCUGCCCGAGACCGAGGUGGCCUUCGCCUAUGUCGCCGGUACCGGUACCACCACCUCCGCACGCUUUCUCGCCGCCUCCACCUGGACCGCCUCCAGGACCAAAGCCGUUCCGACGACCUAUGCAUCCACCUUCUCCUGCUCCAGCAAGAUGUGCUUCACCCAUAGACUCUCCUUAUUUCAAAGGAAUCCAACCCUACUCUCCAGAUCACUUCAGGGGUAUACAAACCUAUUCCCCCGAUCACUUUAGGGGCGCUCCACAAACGCCAGAUAACUUCCGGGGAUCCCAAUAUACUCCUGACAAUUUUAGGGGAUCACAAUACACUCCUGAUAAUUUGAGGGGUUCGCAGUAUACAGAUUCACCCUUCGGACCCCCUAGUCGCGAAUUCGAAUAUGUGGGAGUUCCUUUAGAACCUCCGCCUUUACCACAAAAUUAUGAUCCGGACGAAGAAGAAGAUACGGGACCAACUACUGCUGAAAUUAUAGCUAACCAAUCGCAGGAUUACAUUGACGAAAAAUUAGCCGAAUAUCAAGCCACAAUAUAUUUGUUACAAGAGGAAAAUUAA